AUUUUGAGCCAAUCACGAGUCCCGUUAUAUGAAAAAUACAUUACAAUAAUUUAUGCAUUGCGUUUGGAACGGACCUAAGUUUUAUUCAGGCUGCCCUAAGGCGUUACGCACGAUCAGUUUGUUCUAUUAUCAGUGCACCGUUUCUUGAAAUGUCCUCCGACGCAUAGAUUCCCAUGAAGUCAUCCAGUUUCAUAGUCAACCGAGUCCAGAACUUUCACCUGGAGCCGAUAAAGGGUGCCUGAAGGCGUUACACGUGAUCAGUUUGUUUCAUUCUCUCGAAUUUUCUGCGCACCGUUUCUUGGAAUGCACGCCGAUGCAUAGUCUGCUUCCAUAGAUUCCAGUCUUAUCAUCUAUCGAGUAAACAGUUUACAUCUGGAGCAGAUUAAGGUACUUCAUUCGCUCAGUUGAUGUCCCAUUGAGACGUUACAAGCAGAAAUCACGUUUUUAGAGAGGAGAAAUUGCAGCACAGACUAAAGUUAUCAAAGUGUAAAAACAGAGAAACACAAACUUGGAGUAAUUCCAUCCUCUUUGAAUGAUACUGACGAAUCAGCUCUCGGACGUAUUCGCCAACUCAAAGCCCCACCGUGGUACAAGGCGGAAAAGAUGGAACAGCGCCCCCUGCAGGGUACAAGUACAGAGACAUCACUAUCCUGGCUACCAUUGAAUAAAUCUUUUCUGAAAGUAAUUUUCCUGUUCUGUGGUAUUACACUGGUCAUUUGCGCCUUUUAUCUACAAAGAACCAGCAUCAUAGACAACGGAAACAUACUCAGUUACGAUCGAUCACUGUCUUGGCACAAGUUAACUAACCAUUCUAGUAGUUCAGUUCCCAAAAAGAAGGAAGAGGAAAGUGCGCCGCGGCCUGGGAAAAAGAUUUUCAUCGCUUUUGAUUACUGGGAGCAACUGACAAUGGCAACAAAUAGCUUCCUUGGUCUCACAGCCCUUGCUGCGUAUGGUGAACGACAAGUUGUCCUUCCAUUUGUAAAAGACUCGCGAUUUUACGGCGCACCCACAAAGAAGGGUUUUGAAACACUCGCUCUGUACUUUAACGUGUCCGCGCUCAAUCGCACGCUUCGUUCGCGCGGUCAUGGUACGCUUAUAAGCUGGAAAGAGUUUCAAGACGUCUGUCAAGGGAAACUGGAUAUACUGGUGCAUUUUGAUUACACGAACCUAACUAAAAGUAAAAAAUAUAAUCGAACCACACGGGCAUUUUUUCCUUGCAACACUCGUGACAAAAGCACAUUUGGGGAUUUGAAAGCUGAAAGAACAAUUUGCAUGAAUGUGUUUGCGGUUGAUUCAGUUGAAAAAUUCGAGAAUGACGUCAUAGAGAGGUUACCAUGUGUUGGCUUGGCUGUGUGGAGAGGAAGUAGUAGAGAAAGAUCAUAUCGAGCGCAAUUUAAUUUGAGAGCAGUUGUACCACAUCGUAUGCGCUUUCAUGACGCUGCCAUUUUCUUUAGUUCAAGACUCCUUCAAGUUGCACGAGAUUUUAUCGCGAAAAGUCUUGGCCCAUUCUUUUUCUCUGCGCACAUUCGCGCGGAAAAGAUGUUAACUUUUGGAAUUACUUUUAACAAUAGCGUAGCGAUCAAAAAGUGUAUAUCAAAUUUGACGAGGCGAGUUCAAAGGUACAAGAAUGCUAGUAGAGCUCCCAUACCGCUUUUCUUAGCCACCGAUUUCGGAGACUAUGGAAGUUUGUCUAAACGUGCAAUACUUGCCCGAGAAAACGCAAAGUCACUGUUGAAUAUUUUAGCGCCUCUAAAACCAAUUAUUUUUCAGCCUUCAACUUAUAAUCUUACUGAUCAUGGUGCCGUGGCCAUUGUGGAAAUCAAUAUUCUGUCGUCUGGAAAGCGCUUAUUUGUAGUUGGAGGGGGUUCAUUUCAGGGGUUGCUAGUUAAUAGAUUCCUUAAUAAGGCCAAGAUUGACCAACAAGCCAAAGCUAAAUGCCAAAUCAGAAAUUGUGUAACAGAUUGCGUUGUUUAAAAUUUAUUAGUAGAGGACUAUAUUGACUUUUCAGAAGCACCAUUAACAUUUUAUUCAGGCAACUCGCUAUCAUGAUCUGAUAACGUGAUUAAUGAAUAUAUCUUAUUAAGAAAACUUGAAUUAUUCGACAAUUAGGGAAUUUAGCUGGUUAUCGCUCAAGUCAAAGUUAAAGUCAAUAAAAUUAGAUCACAAGUA